CUAAAGUGCUUUUUACAAACAUCAGUUAUUGGUUUCUUGUUGGCAUAUUAUGGACAAAGUGCUGACGGGGCCAAUCGGUUCCAAAUUGGCCUUGAUUAUAGUGAUUAACAACGGAUUCAUCUCUGGUAUGGCUGUGUCUUGGACGGGGGCAUCUUUCGCAAAAGUGAGGAGCGAAGCGGUGAUGACGAUGACGAUGACUCAGGCUGCGAUAGCUGUGGCCAUUUUCUACUUCGGCCAGGCCGUUGCAACGAUGCCGUACGGUUACGGCGAGAAGGCGUUUGGGAAAAGGAGAAUGCUCCAGUUCGGCAUUACUUUCAUCGUUGCCGGGUGGCUCAUAAUUUACUUCUCUGAGAACAGGUACGGUUCAUACGUAGGUCGAUUUAUGCUCGGGGUAUGGCUAAGCACGAGCAUAAUGAGCACGACGCCGUACCUGGCGGAAGUGGCCGUCCCAGCGAGGCGAGGUUUGGUCGUCUCGUUCGUCACGAUUCAAUUCAUGGCCGGUGCCAUACUUGAAUCCGUAAUGGCAAUUUACCUGAGCUACUUCCGGCUCGCUCUGUUGAACAUGAGCGUUGGAACCUUCCACUUCAUCUCUCUUCAGCUUGUCCCUGAAUCGCCAUAUUUUUUGAUAAGAAAGGGCAGGAUCGAUGAUGCGCGAAGAAGAUUUUACUGGUUCCGAGGAACGAAUAGCGACGAGUUCCAAAAGACCGUGGUGACUGUGAAGGAACAGAUGUCAUUAAAUUCUAGGUACAUCGAUAUCUUUAAAUACCCUUUGUCGCGCAGCGCUUUCUCCUUCGCGUUGACUCUCAUUAUGUUUCAGAGGGUCUCAGGAGUACUUCCGGUUUACGCCUACGCAGCUUACAUCUUUCCCGACGCUAUUACCAAAUCGGAGUAUAUGCGCAUUCUCUUCUACUGCAUUUCGCUGAUUUGCGUGUUGAUCUCGGGUAACACUGUGGACCGAAUCGGGAGGAGGAAACUCCUGAUCAUAUCUGCGGCCGGGUCUUGCAUUUUCUGCAUGACCACGACCGUCUGGUUUGUCCUAAGCGAGCUGACUUCGGCCGAUCUUGGCAAAGCCAACUGGGUCCCUUUGGUCAGCAUAACAGGUGAAAUAGCGUCCAACGCCCUCGGAACGCUUUACAUACCUUCCAUUCUCGUCAGUGAAAUGUUUCCUGUCAACAUAAAAGCCAAGGCGAUGAUACUACUCCAACUGAGCCAGCUUUUCCUGAUAAUCCUCAACAUCAAAUUAUACAUGGCAUUCAAGGUAAAUCACAUAUGCUUCGUGAUUUACACCGUUUACACGUCCAUGCUCACCUUUAGCUGUUUUUACUACAUCAAGAUGUACGAUACCAAAGGGAAAACCCUUGAAGAAAUACACGCCCACUUUGAAGCCAAAGGCCGAAGAAGAACGACGAUCAGUAUCGUUGAACCAAUUAAAAACACUUUCGCAUUUGUAAAGAAAAAAGAAAAACGUAAAUCGACUAUUGAAAUUACAACAUAA